CUCCGCCCCGGGCAGGGCGGUGCGAGGCGGGCGGUGCGGCCAUGCGGCGGGCGGGCGGCGGCGCGGAGCUGGCGGCCGAGGCGGCGGUGCGGGCCGUGCUGCUGGCCGCCUUCGUCAUCAUGGAGUUCCUGCCGCCGUUCCAGCGUGUGGUGCAGCCCGAGGAGAUGUGGCUCUAUAGGAACCCCUACACGGAGGCGGAUCGAGUGCCCACCCUGCCCAUGUUUUUCAUCGCCUUUCUGUCCCCCUUGCUGCUCAUCAUCCUGGCAAGGCUGUUCCUGAAUGCCGACCAGGAAGACACGCGGGAAGCCUGCCUUGCUGCCAGUCUUGCUCUUGCCCUGAACGGGGUUUUUACAAACGCCCUGAAGCUUGUUGUGGGGAGGCCACGGCCGGACUUCUUCUAUCGAUGCUUCCCGGAUGGACAAGCAAACGUGGAGCUGGUGUGCACGGGGGACUCCAGCGUAGUGACAGAGGGACGCAAAAGCUUCCCCAGCGGACAUGCUUCCUUCGCCUUCGCUGGUCUCGCCUUCUCUGCCUUCUACAUAGGGGGGAAGCUGCGCUGCUUCACGCCGGGCCGGGGAGGCAGAGCCCUGCGGCUCUGCGCCUUCCUCCUCCCGCUCUUCCUCGCCACCCUCAUCGCCGUGUCCCGCACCUGCGACUACAAACACCACUGGCAAGACGUGUUGGUUGGCUCAGCGAUCGGCUUCAUGCUUGCCUACCUCUGCUACAGGCAGUAUUACCCUCCCCUGAUGGACUCUAUGUGCCACAAACCCUUCCUGUACAAACCCACACAGCUGCCAGCACACCCAGAGAAGCCUGCAGCUUCCAGCUUCCACCUGGAUAUAUAGUGAUGGGCUCUGUCCUGCUGGUCCCUGAAUGCCGGGGCAGGGGAAGGUUGGUGUUGAGAAGUGGCUCGAUCAGAUGAGGAUGAACCUGAUGCUGGUGUAGAUGCUCCCUGCAGUGCUGGUGAGUUGUCCUGCCUGUGCUGCUUCAUUGAACCACAUUCUGUAGGCAGCCCUCUCUUCAGGAGGCCCUCGGUGCACGCCUGCAGGACAGCCUAGCUACAAAGGGUCCUGAAGCAAGAACCAGGAGAACGUGACGACCUGGUGUGCCCCAUUCCAUGGGUGUUCUUGUGCCCAGUCCAGAAAGCACCAUCAGUCACGUCCCUUCGGUCCCAUCCCUCCCCAUGGGAAGUGUAUCCCUAAGGGCAGUGCGGGACCUGCUGCUGGUGGCUUUUCAAUCCCAGCUGAGCCCAUAGGCAGGGAUGAGCAUGAGGUUCCAGUCUCUUUAACCAUGGGUUGAGUGGAGGAAGGUGAAUCUAGCAUGUGUUACGUGUGUUAUUGUGCUAGCCCUGACCUUUUCUAAUGUGCCAAAUAAAGGAGGUUUAAUUUUUCACAGGA